AUGCUUGUGUUAUAUAUGUUCUCUGAAAUGGAGACUUGGCAUAAACAACACUACAGAAAGAAAAUGACCCACUGGUUUCAUCGCAACCCUUUGAAGGCUACAGCUCCCGUUUCGUUCAAUUUUUAUGGGGUAGCUACCACUCCAGCUGCAACAAAGGUUUGCAAUGAUUUGAGGUUAUCUCGAACACGACUAUUGGAGCUGUUUACAGACUCGAGUUGUAAUCCAGAAAUGAUGAAGAAUGCAACUGACUUGUACUUCUCACUCUUGCAAGGUUUUAUCCUUUCACUGGAUGACUCUUCCCAAGAAUGCAAGUUGAGAUAUAUUCAGAAUUUCAAGUGGACAGACACAUUGCAAGGACAAGUUCCAAAUGCCCAGCAGGAUGCAGUGUUUGAACUGGUUUCCAUGGGAUUUAAUGUAGCUCUGUGGUACACAAAAUAUGCAUCAAGACUCGCUGGAAAAGAAGAUAUAACAGAAGAUGAAGCAAAAGAUGUUCACAGAAGCCUGAAGAUAGCAGCUGGGAUUUUUAAACACUUGAAGGAAAGUCAUAUUCCAAAAUUGAUUACACCUGUAGAAAAGGGAAGAGAUUUAGAAGCUCGACUUAUAGACUCUUACAUCAUACAGUGCCAAGCUGAAGCUCAAGAAGUGACAAUUGCUCGGGCUAUUGAGCUGAAACACAAUCCAGGACUAAUAGCUGCUCUUGCUUAUGAAACAGCUAACUUCUACCAAAAAGCUGAUCAAGCAUUAUCCAGUUUGGAUCCAACCUAUGCAGGGAAAUGGAGGAAGUACUUAAACUUGAAGAGCUGUUUCUAUAUGGCAUAUGCACACUGUUACCAUGGUCAAACUUUAUUGGCAAGUGAUAAAUGCGGGGAAGCAAUCAGAUCUCUGCAGGAAUCAGAAAAAUUUUUUGCCAAGGCUGAAGCAUUGUGCAAAGAAUAUGGAGAAACCAAAGGACCUGGGACUACUGCCAAACCUUCUGGACAUCUCUUCUUUAGGAAAUUAGGAAGUUUGGUUAAGAACACACUAGAAAAAUGCCAGAGAGAGAAUGGAUUCAUCUAUUUUCAGAAGGUGCCAGCAGAGGCUCCCCAGCUGGAACUGAAAGCAAACUAUGGCUUAGUAGAGCCUGUUCCUUUUGAAUUUCCUGCUUUGAACGCACACUGGACUCCUGAAACGCUUGCAGCAUUUGAUCUCACCAAGAGGCCAAAGGAUGACACUGCUAAACCGAAACCAGAUGAAGAAGUAAAACCUCUGAAGGAACCAGAUAUAAAGCCUCAAAAGGACAGUGGAUGCCAGAUUUCUUAAGUGCCACAAGUGCUUUGAAUUCACUUUAAAACUGUAUUAAUUGGACUCUGGGGCUUUAGUUCUGAUCUUCCUUUUUCUGAUUCUUCUUUUUUAAUUUAGAAGACUAAUGUAAUUUACUUUUGUUAGUAUGCAUCUAUCUUACUUGAGAAUGUGGUGGAUUUCUAGGAGUUUAUUUAUAUCUGACUUAUUUUUGGUUUUAGUGGGAUAUCAUAGAAUGAGUGGGCUUAAAUGUUCCUAUUGUGCCUCUAGAGAGUUUCGUUUUGUGGGUUUAGUUUCUACCCACAAAUAGCAAAGGAAGUAUCAUGAUUGUAACACUUGAGGAUUUUUCCAUUAAAUUAUAUGCUAUAUAAUGUCAAAUUCUGCAAACAAAUGUUUGCGUGAACAGUUAUAUUUAUUCAGGUUUUGUCAUUCAGGCUUAACACCCUGUUGUGUUCCGAUUCACUUAAUUGUAGCAAGCAAAGAAAAUCUGGGUUUGGUUUGCAACACCCCUAUGGUAUUUCAUGGGACUUUCACAGAACUUCUGCAUAACUGGAGCACAAUUUAUAUUCUUCUG